AUAUGAACUUUGGAAUAUAGGAACUGAGAAAGUUGUGGUCUUGCUGUGGGAGGAGUUAUGGGGGAUGGGGCAAGCAGCAGCAGCAGCGGCGGCGGCGGAGUGGCGGAGGGAGGAGAGACGGUGGUCGUCGACCACGGUCGCCGGAGGAGCUCCUGCGGAUACUGUAGAUCCACCAGUCAUUCCUGCAUCUCUCACGGUCUAUGGGCGUACAGCAUCACGGUCGAUAACUACCAAGAGCUUCUCGAUCGGGGUUGGAGGAGAUCUGGUUGUUUUCUAUACAAACCGGAGAUGGAAAGGACCUGCUGUCCUUCCUAUACCAUUCGAUUGAAGGUUGAAGAUUUCAGUCCUUCGAAAGAGCAAGUCCGUGUGCAGAAAAAAAUGCAGAGGUUUUUAGAUGGUACACUUGAUGUGAAGAAACCUGAGCAAGUAAAACUUACACAGGAUUCUUCAAAAAGUCGAUGUAUGCAUGAUGAUGCAUCUCCAACCACAGUUCCCAAUGCACCAGUCAGUGAAUCUUCGUCUUCUUCUUCUUCAUCUGACAAAAUUAGUUCUGCAGACCCUUAUCUCCAUUAUUUAGAAAAGAAAAUUGAUGAUGCUUUGAGUACACCUGCUUUACUGGCUGAGUUUCCUAUAAUCCAUGCCCCUAAAGCUAUUGUGAAAAGGGUUACUUCUCAAGCUAAGAGGAAGAUAUCAAAUGUAUCAGAGGAUCUGUUGUAUACUUCCAACAUCUCUUUUCAGGUUGCUGCAGCAUUAAGGCGCUCACUGUUGACAGAGGAUGACGGCCAGUCAGGAUUGUCAAGGAGCAGUGCGAGCCAACAUGGAAACCUUCUAAACUUCUCACCCAAUAGUGUUGCAGACAAACUAGCAGUUUUUAUUAAUGGGCAAGGAGAUAUACAUGGCUUGUCAAUAAAAGCUUGCAGUGGGCAUCUUAAUUUCUACUCCACCACCAAACUGCCAGGCACAGAUUUUCUCUCCAGUGAGGCAUGUGCACAUUCUGAUGGAAAGAGAGUGAAUCCCAAACGCGGCUGCGUGUCUGGAGGAGGUAUUGGUCAACAUCAUAAAAGGCGGAGAUUAGAAAUUCGAAUGAAGCGGUCUAGUUUUGACCCAGAGGAAUUUGCAUUGUACAAGAGAUACCAAAUCAAAGUGCAUAAUGACAAGCCAGAGAAAGUUUCAGAAAGCUCAUACAGAAGGUUUUUGGUUGAUACUCCUCUGGUAUUUGUUCCACCAAGUAGUGGUAACGAAACUGUUCCACAUUGCGGGUUUGGUUCUUUCCAUCAGCAGUAUCUGAUUGAUGGGAAACUAGUCGCUGUUGGUGUAGUGGAUAUACUUCCAAGAUGUCUGUCAAGCAAGUAUUUGUUUUGGGACCCUGAAUUAUCCUUUUUAUCACUUGGAAAAUAUUCUGCUCUGCAGGAGAUAAAUUGGGUUAAGGAGGCUGGAAUCCAUUGUCCUCGCCUUCAGUAUUACUAUCUUGGCUACUAUAUUCACUCUUGCAGCAAAAUGAGAUACAAAGCAGCAUACCACCCUUCUGAACUUCUCUGUCCUCUACGUUACAAGUGGGUGCCUUUUCAUAUUGCAAGGCCUUUACUCGAUGAAAAGCCAUAUGUUAUCCUAUCAGAUUUUACAGCCCAGUCAGAUGGUUUCACCAAUAAAUUCACCGAUGGUUUGUCCUCACUAUCAGAGUUGCGUUCUGAAGAUGAUGACCUGAAUGAAGCCUCUAGUGAAGAGGAUGAUUCGGAUGACAAUGAGCCUGGUUUUGAAGGUAUUACUGUCGGGACAGAAGCUGAGUUAGUUGUAGAAACUGGCACUACAUUAGCCUCUGAUGAUUUAGGACCUGUUGAUCUUAGCAACAUCAUGAUAGAUGUUAAUGGCUUGCGUAUCAAAUACAAGGAACUUGAGCAUGUGGUUGGGCCUAUUGACAAGAUGCACCUAAAUUUAUUGGAAAGGCAGUUGCACAGAUAUGUGAAGGUAGUUGGCGAGAAGCUAGCAAACUAUGUGGUUUAUACUCUUGGUUGAUUUUGAAUGACUUGGUGCUGUAAUCCAUUGAUCAAAACCAAUUUUCUUCAUAUUCGGGGGCUUAAGUCACAGUAUUGAUGUUUUGUACUGUAAUUGGAAGGCUUGAUAUCUCAUCCAUCAUUCUGCCAUUACCUAAAAUAUGACUUUUGUUUUACUUAUAUAUUUUUUUAUUGACAAUGGAGCCUAAACUCGUAAUAUU